AUGGCAUUACCCAUAUCAACCUCCAUAACUAAUCCAUCACCAACAGUUAUAAUAAUCGCAUCAGUUUUAGUAUUAUUUGGAAUAGUUGCUUUUAUACCAGAGAGUGAAGAUAUAUAUAGCGUAUAUAGUCUAGAUGAUGAUGAUAAUAACAUUAACAAUAAAAAUAAAAAUAAAAGGAGAAAUAAUAAUAUAAAUCAUAAUAACAAUAACAACAACAAUAAUAAUAAUAUAAAUAAUAAUAAUAAUAAUAAUAAUCUAAACUAUAGUUCAAAUAAUAUAAAUGAUAUAAAUGAUAACAAUAGCAAUACAAAUGCUUAUAAUAAUAAAAUUACUUUUUUUAAUAGAUCAAAAAAAUAUUUUCUUUUUUUUCAACAAAUAAAGAUAUUGUUAAUAAUGACAAUAUCGAAUUAA